GACAGAGGAGACACCGCCGCGCGCUUGCAGAUGGCCUUCAGCUUCCUGCUCUCCCCGCCGUCUCCGCCGCUACACAACCGCGCCGCGGCCGCCGCCUCCACCUCCUACCCAGUUGCCGCGCACCACGCCCUCCGUCGUCGCCGCCCGCCGGAACCUUGCUGCCGCUGCGCCCGCUCGCCGGAGAAAACCUCCACCAGCAGCAGCUCCGGCGACCGCGGAUUGUGCGAAGAGGGGGGCGCCUCCUCUACCGACGCUCUCCGCCCCCUCCAACUCGACGGCACCGCCUCCUCCGCGGACGGCCAAACCGGAAGCGCGGCGCCAGGCGAUCAUGCUACUUCGACUGAAGGGGACAGUAGGAAUGGGGAGUUCGGGAGAUGGCAAAAGAAUCAAUUCAGCGCAGAUGGUUCCUCCAGUAGCACGUCCAAGCCAGGUUACUCCAAAGCGUUCGGGGUGGAUUUGUCCCCUGAUAACGUGGCUGUUGCCACUGUUUAUUUUGUGCAAGGAGUGUUAGGUCUUUCCAGACUUGCUGUCAGCUUUUACUUAAAAGAUGAUCUCCAGCUUGAUCCAGCAGAGACUGCAGUUAUAACUGGUUUCUCAGCCUUGCCAUGGUUGAUCAAGCCUCUUUAUGGUUUUAUCAGUGAUUCCGUCCCUCUAUUUGGAUAUCGUAGAAGGUCGUACCUCAUUCUAUCUGGAAUCCUUGGAGCCAUUUCAUGGAGUUUUAUGGCAACCAUUGUGGAUGAUAAGUAUAGUGCAGCGCUCUCUAUUAUUCUUGGAUCUCUUGCAGUUGCCUUCUCUGACGUUGUGGUUGAUUCCAUGGUUGUUGAGAGAGCUCGAGGUGAGUCACAGAGUACAUCUGGAUCCCUCCAAUCACUAUGCUGGGGAUCCUCAGCCUUUGGAGGAGUUGUGAGUGCAUACUUCAGUGGUUCACUAGUGGAUACUUAUGGUGUAAGAUUUGUAUUUGGUGUGACGGCAUUUUUACCCUUGAUGACGUCUGCUGUUGCAGUUCUUGUAAAUGAGCAUCGUUUGCCUUCAAGCAAGCGUUCCAUCUCAUUUUCAGGUUCAGGAUUAAUUGAAAGAUCUAGGCAGCAGAUCAUGCAGAUUUGGACUGCAGUAAAGCAACCGAACAUUUUCUUGCCCACCUUGUUCAUAUUCCUUUGGCAAGCAACACCUCAGUCAGAUUCUGCCAUGUUUUACUUUGUCACAAAUAAGAUUGGAUUCACACCGGAGUUUCUGGGGCGUGUCACACUAGUUACAUCAGUUGCAUCGUUACUGGGUGUCGGAAUAUAUAAUUCAUUCUUGAAAGCAGUUCCACUGAGAAAAAUCUUUUUGGUGACAACGAUUUUAGGUUCUGCCCUUGGAAUGACACAGGUUCUUCUUGUCACUGGGCUUAACAGGAAGCUUGGGAUAAGCGAUGAAUGGUUCUCCAUAGGGGAUUCCUUGAUUCUCACAGUCCUUAGUCAGGCUUCCUUCAUGCCCGUAUUAGUGCUGGCCGCGAAAUUGUGCCCUCUGGGAGUGGAAGCAACACUGUUCGCAACUCUGAUGUCUAUUUCCAACGCGGGAAGUGUCGCCGGUGGUCUAGUGGGCGCGGGCCUGACUCAGUUUCUGGGAGUCACCAAGGACAACUUUGAAAAUCUGGCUCUGCUUAUUGCCGUAUGUAACCUUAGUUCCCUACUACCUCUGCCUCUCCUGGGCCUCCUUCCAGAUGAAUCACCGGUUGCAAAUGAUGGGAAAACACAAGGCGAUUGAGUACUGUAGCUUCUUGGUAAGAUUAGACUUGUAGACAGUGGAAUCCUGAUGUGAAGUCGAUCACCAAGGGAAGAUGAGAUUCAAACUGGAGCUGACUUUGGUCGUUGGCGCAGACUCGCAGUGCACUGUUGAGCUGCCCCAGUAGAACAUGAAGUUCCAGAUUAUCGCACACCACACAGCCCUCUCCUGUAAAUAAACUCGGACCACCGCGGCCAAGUUUCAUGGUAGUGUCUAUAUAUGCAUUUUGGACGAGUUAGCUCGCGUGGGAAACAGAUGGCGUCUUCUCGUCUCA